AUGGAGCGUCAGCUGGAGCGUCAGGUCAAUGGCACCCCAACAAUUAAACCAGAUGGCGGAGUGGAGCUUCAUGCUGGGAUGAUGCAUGCACCUUCCAAGUCUCAGAACAUUCUGAAUGAGCUCCUCAGUUGGCUUCUGGGAAGUCUGUAA